AUGAACUGGUUACUUCGUUUCGUCGCUGUGCUGUUGCUCAGCUUCCAUGUCGCUGCACUCCCCUCUGGGGCUAUGCAUGAGCUUGAACAGCGUAAUGUUAACCAGGAGAACGAGCAGCCGAGUGUGAUCGUCUAUGUGAAUGAGAUGGGGCAGACCCUGAGCGUCGAAACCCUCAUUCCUACUGCCACAGCCCCGGUUAAUCCUCCCACGGAUGCCCUGCCCUCGCAGCCAGCUUCCGAGACAAACGUGCCUUCACCCGAUGUCCUCGUCAGUCCCGAAGCUCAAGAGCGGUUUGGUGUGACCUAUGCGCCAUUCAACGACGAUAGCACCUGCAAAACCCAGGCCCAGGUCAACCAAGACAUGGACAAAAUCGCUCGCCUCUACAGCUUCGUGCGCAUCUACGGCGUGGCAUGCGACCAGACUCGAAAAGUCGUCCAGGCUGCCCGAGAGCGCCAUAUCCGCGUCUUCGCCGGCAUCUUCGACCUCCACGAAUUUCCAGCCGGUAUCGACGAGAUCAUCCGCGUCGCCGCCGGCGACUGGUCCACCUUCCACACCAUCAACGUCGGCAACGAGCUCGUCAACAAGGGCCAGAACUCCGUCCCCGACGUCGUCAACGCCGUCAAUGCCGCGCGUCACAAGCUCCGCAGCGCCGGCUACCAAGGGCCCGUGGUAACCGUCGACACCUUCUCCGUGCUCCUCAAGCACCCAGAACUCUGCCAGGCCUCGGACUACUGCGCCGCCAACUGCCAUGCCUUCUUCGAUGCCAAUAUGACUCCCGACCGCGCAGGCGCGUAUGCCCUUGAACAGGCCCGCAGGAUCUCCGCGGCCGCUGGGGGCAAGCGCACCGUCAUCACGGAAUCGGGGUGGCCGCAUCACGGCCAAGCUAAUGGACGGGCGGUCCCUUCGCGCGAGAACCAGGGCACGGCCAUCAUCACGCUGUCGCAGAGUUUCAAUCGUCGUUAUGACGAUCUGAUCUUCCAUUCUGCGUUCGAUGAUCUGUGGAAACAGGAUACUCCGGAUUCGUUUGGGGCUGAGAAAUAUUGGGGUCUUGAAAUGCGUUAG